CUUUACACUUUAGUUAUUAACGGUUCGCGCAAGUGAUUGGAAGCGUAAAAUUAAAAGACGUGAAAAAAAUAAAAGCAUUUGCAAAGAAAAAAAGAAAAUUUGUAUUUUUAUUAAAGGGAAAAUAAGAAAUCGAAAAAGAAAUUUAUAAAAUUACACAAGUUAAUUUAAUUAAAAGUGUUAAAUUAAAAGAAAAUUUUCAUUGUGGUAAUAACUAAAUAAAAAGAAAAUUCUUUGCGAAAAUUGUGGUGCAAAAGAAUUUGUAUUUUGUUGGCGUCCUCCGGCAAAAAAAAAAAACAAUCAAUGGAAUUAUUUUUGGAUAAUUAAAAACAAAUCAAGGUUUUUUAAAUGCUCCAUUGCUGUUGGAAAUUAUUGUUUAUAAAAACUCGUAAAAAUUCUCUAAAUAUUUUUAAUUGUUUAGAGUUUUUUGUUUGAAUUCGUAAUGAAUCACUUUAAUGCUGUAAACACGUUUUUAUAAUUCCCUAAUCAAAAAUACAUGUAUAAACAAUAUUUAAAAGGUGAAUUCAAGCAUUAAAUGCAAAUAAAAACAAAAACAGAAAAAACAACAAGCAAAUAAUAUAUAAAAUUUCCUAUAAAUACCAAAAAAACAUUCGCACCAAAAAACGGCUAUAAUUAAAACAAGCAACAAACAAACUUAACGGCCACACAGAAAAAGAAAAGGCGAUUAAAAUAACAAUAACGUAUGAAGUGCAUGUGAUGCUGAACAACAGCAGCAGCAACAAUUAAGUGACAUCAACUCUUUAAAAACUAGAGACACUGAAAAACUCCUACAAACUGUUUAGCAGAAAAAUAGCCUUUUUUUGAGACAUCAUUUCUACUCAUUAUGGAACUGUCAUCGUUUAUAAAAGAGACAAAGGAUGUUGAAUUUCAAGAUGUCUACUACACGGUGGAGAUGAAGAAAAAUUUUGUUAAAGUCAUUGGCCAGCGUGAAAUACUCAAAGGUGUUAGUGGCAGUUUUCGUAAUGGCCAAUUAUCGGCCAUUAUGGGACCCUCGGGUGCCGGCAAAAGUAGUCUUUUAAAUGCCAUAUCAGGUUACUGUACUUCCGGUGUUUCGGGCCACUUAAAAAUUGAUCGUAAAAACUCUUGCUAUAUCACGCAAGAAGAUCAUCAUCAAACUUUGCUAUCGGUAGAAGAACUAAUGAAUUUGGCUUGUGAUUUGAAAAUAAAACGUGAAGCUUGCAAUAAUAAGAAACAAUUGAUAGAAGAUAUUCUAGUAAAUUUGAACUUAAAUCAUAGACGUAAUGUAAAAGCCAAUAAAUUGAGUGGAGGUGAAAGAAAACGCCUCUCGGUGGCUUUGGAAUUGGUGGCCAAUCCUAAAAUAUUCUUUUUAGAUGAACCCACUAGUGGUUUGGAUGAGGUGACGGCUCUGCAAUGCAUACGAUUAUUAAGUCAUUUGGCUAAACAAGGUCACACUGUGGUGUGUACCAUACAUCAACCCUCGGCCACGAUUUUUAAUUAUUUCGAUAAUGUUUAUGUUUUGGCUCAGGGCAAAUGUGUCUAUCAGGGUCCUCCCUUGGGUUUAGUGCCGUUUUUGGAUCAGGCUCAAAUGGAGUGUCCUAAACACUACAGUCCUUCGGAUUAUAUCAUCGAACUUUGUGAUUUUGAGGGACCCAAUAUUAUCAAUCACUUAUCCUCCCUCACGGACAAUGGCAAACUUAUCUACAGUCCUCCCUUGCUUAUAGACAACAAUAAAAAUGUUUCGGAUAAAGGCGUGGCUACUGCCGAUUCUUCUCCCUUUAUAUUUCGUCAUGCUGUUACCUCUUUCUUCCCCGAAAUUAACCAAACUCCCGGUUUUUCUUCUCUAUUAACAAAAUCGCAUAAUUCUUUCCUUAACGGCACUUCUCUGCUAGUUGAACACUUGAAAAUGUUUUCCAAAAAUCUAUCAAAGUCUUCGGAAGGUACUUCGGGUUUUCAGCAGUUUUGUGUUUUAACGCGCAUUAUGUUUUUGCGGAUUCUACGGGCUCGCAUUCCAAUCAUGAUACAGUUUAUACACCACGCCAUGGUGGGUUUGUUUUUCGGUUUACUUUUCUAUAAUCUAGGCAAUCAGGGUUCACAUAUGUUUGCUCAUUUGAAAUUUUGCAUUAGUGCUAUUUUGAUGAUAGCCUAUACACAAGUAACCAUACCGGUGUUGACCUUUCCUUUAGAAGUACAAAUUGUUAAAAAGGAAACCUUUAAUCAUUGGUAUUCCUUGACUCCCUACUAUAUGGCUAUGAGCAUAAGUCGUCUACCUUUGCAGAUUUUAUAUAAUGUUAUUUAUCUCACCAUUAUAUAUUGGAUGACCGGUUUUCCUCCUCAAUGGUGGCGUUUUGCCAUCUUUAUUGCUGUGGGUCUAAUGACUUCAUUUGUGGCCGAAGGUUUAGGUUUGUCCAUAGGAGCAACAUUUAGUAUAACGAACGGUUCCGUUGUGGGGCCCAUGAUCAUUGCCUCCUUUAUAGGUUUAGCCAUUUAUGGCUUUGAUUUUGCCCCCCAAAUACCUGACCUCAUGAAUUUCGGCAUGAAAACCAGUUUUAUGCGCAAUGGAGUAGUGGCUUUGGUUUUAACACUCUUCGGUUAUGGUCGUGAAACUUUAGAUUGUGAUGAAAUCUAUUGUCAUUUUAGUGAUCCUCGAGUACUGUUGAGAUUCUUAGAUUUGGAAAAGGUCACUUUGCAGCAACAAUUUAUGUAUUUAUUUGCUUUAUUGGUAUUAUUUAGAUCAUUGCUGUAUAUAAGUUUAAGGGUACAAUGUAAAACAUAAGUGGCAUGAAAUAGGGAAGAGGAUUAGAUAUUUAAAAGCAAACAUUCCCAAAAUAUAUUAUUGUAGAUUAAACUUAAGAACCAUAACACUGUAGAUGUGUGGCAUACAAAGUAGUUAGAGCGUUUUAAGUUUAUAUUAGGAAUUUGAAAGAUUUGAGGUUAAGUUUUUUUUGAAAAUUAAAGUUUUUAAAGCAAACAUUAUAGAAAAAUGGUUUAGGGUGGAACAAUUUAUAAGUUAAUAAUUGGUUGAGCCAAACGAAUUGGAAUUCUUUAGUAAUUUUUUCGAACCAAAAAUUUACUACUAUUGAAACUCUUAAUUUUAAGUUUAAUUUGUUUGGUUUUCAUACAAAAAGGUUUUCGAAAUAGUUUCUAAACAUUUCUUAUGAAAGAAAACUGUGAUAAUUUUAAUAAAGUUUAAAAUAAUUAAAAAUAUUUUGUAACAAAAUUGUUAAGAAUUAAGUUAGUUUUAAAGUUAAUUUAAAAAAAAAUUAUACAAAAAUCUUAGAAAAUUAUGAAAAUUUUAUAAAAAAAUUAAAAUGAAAUUAUAAAAAAGCUAUAAAACUGCUAAUUUAUAUAAAUCCUUAAGCAGUGACUCAGUAUUUGCCCUAAACUUUUUCCAUUUAAUUGCUUAAUUUGUUUAUUUAAAAAAUGCCUUCUCUUGCUUAAAAUUUUUAUUUUUAAUUGUAUAUAAAUUAUUGAUUAUUUAAAAACUAUAUUUAAUCAGUUUCCUUUUUUUUUUGUAAAAUUGUUAGAAAUUUUAAAUAAAUCUCAUAAGUUUAAGUUUUUUCCAGAAACAUUUCCAAUAUAUUUUAUUAAAUAAAGCUUUAAUAUAUUCUUUAGAUUAAGAAAAAUCUACUUAUAAAGGGUGAUAUUGUUAAAUGUAUACUCAUUUUUUAAUGUAAAUAUAACAAAAAGUUUUUU